AUGCUUGCACUACGACGAGCUGGUGAGUAUAAAUUGUUUGGUCAAAUUGCUGCCUCCAGACUUUACUGUGCCUCAUGCAGUGCCAAAGUGACGAUUGCGAGUGUAUCACAUAAUGUAUCCACGAAACAACAAUUGUUUUUUACUGAUCCCAUUUCUCCGGGCUCUAUAUUCUUUCUUCCUAAUGGUGCGAAGAUAUUUAACAAGCUGGUCAAUUUCAUGAAGCUACAGCAGCAACACAAAUAUGGAUUUCAAGAGGUGAUGACUCCGCUCAUAUAUAGAAAGUCCCUGUGGGAACAAUCCGGACAUUGGGAAAAAUAUAAGGAAGACAUGUUCCGAGUUGAGGGCCAGGAUAUCGACAAAGAGGAAUAUGGUCUUAAACCCAUGAAUUGUCCUGGUCACUGUGUUAUGUUCAAAAAGUCAGCGAGAUCGUACACUGAACUCCCGCUAAGAUUUUCCGAUUUUUCGCCGUUACAUCGCAAUGAAGCUUCCGGUGCACUAUCGGGUUUAACUCGAGUGCGUAAAUUUCAUCAAGAUGACGGUCACAUAUUUUGUACCGCAGAACAGGUCGAGUCGGAGAUAAAAAAGUCGUUGGAUUUAGUAGACCUGUGCUAUUCUAAGGUUUUUCCCCUUGGGCCAAAUGGCACCCCUACCAAGUACUCCCUGUGUCUUUCUACAAGACCUGAUAAUUUUAUCGGAAGUAUAGAGGUGUGGAAUAAGGCUGAGUCUGUCCUAAGUGACAUUCUGCGGACCUCUGGCAAGGAAUGGCGUGUCAAUGAAAAAGACGGUGCCUUUUAUGGUCCAAAGAUCGACGUGCUACUCACUGACCAUCAUGGUAAAGAUCACCAAGUUGCCACUAUUCAAUUAGACUUCAAUUUGCCAGAAAGGUUCGAUCUAAAGUUCAAAGAUAAAGAUAACGUCUACAAAAGGCCGAUAAUGAUCCAUAGAGCUGUAUUUGGCUCAUUAGAGAGGUUCAUGGCUAUGAUUAUUGACUCCAAUGCCGGAAAAUGGCCCUUUUGGUUAAACCCUCACCAGUGCAUGGUAAUUCCCUUGAAUACUAAAAAUCAUGAAAUGGUGUCAAAGUCAAGGGAAAUAGCCAAUAUACUAAAAGGUGAAAAUGUCGAAGGUACUGAACCUGUAAAGAUGAACUCGUUGCAUUUCAACGUUGAGGUCGAUGACCGUGCAGAGCCUGUAGGCUACCGCAUCAAAGACGCUAUCAUGAGAAAUUUUUCAUACUUGAUAAUGGUGGGAGCAAAGGAAAUUGAAAGCGAAAAAUAUGCUAUUAGGACUAGGGACUCCAGAGAACUCAGUCACUUGUCAGUAGACGAGAUUUUUCAAAAAUUUGUCGAUCUUGAACAAAACUAUCAAUAA